GAUGGGGCAAGGAGCAGGCCGCGGAAGGAGCCAUGGAGAAAGGGACAUCUCUCUUUGAUCUCAGUUAGUAUGACACGUGGGCGGUGUUAAGGCCUUCACUUCAUUCGUCUGCACCGGAUAGCAGGGAAGGUCUGUUGGCACUUGAUAAAUGUUACAAUCUGCAUGACUGCAAAUGACUCAAACUUUGUUCAGCUAUUUGAAGGGCUGGGGGCCUUGGCAGCUCUCCAUUUUGAUGUUCUGGAGAUUGAGUAUUAACAGCUGAAGGAGCCCCAGGGUUUCUGGGUGGCCUGGUCCUGCCCAUGGUGUGAGAGAGUGAGCUUGGGGCCAUAGGCGGGACUCCAGAGCCCCGCCUCCAGCCCUCCCCUGCAGCCUGAUUCCCGCCUGCUCUUGCUGGGUCGGCCUCUUUGUCAGCAGGAGCGGAUGUGGCCGCUGUGAAUGAAAUGUCUUUCCUCCAGGAUCUGAGUUUCUUCAGCAUGGGGAUGUGGUCCAUUGGCGCGGGGGCCCUGGGGGCGGCUGCCUUGGCCCUGCUCCUGGCCAACACAGACGUGUUUCUGUCCAAGUCCCAGAAAGCGACGCUGGAAUAUUUGGAGGACAUAGACCUGAAAACCCUGGGAAAGGAACCAAGGACUUUCAAAGCAAAGGAGCUCUGGGAAAAGAAUGGAGCUGUGAUUAUGGCUGUGCGCAGGCCAGGCUGUUUCCUCUGCCGAGAGGAGGCUGCGGACCUGUCUUCCCUGAAGCCCAAGCUGGACGAGCUGGGAGUCCCCCUGUAUGCAGUGGUGAAGGAACAAAUCAGGACUGAAGUGCAGGACUUCCAGCCUUAUUUCAAAGGAGAAAUCUUCCUGGAUGAAAAGAAAAAGUUCUACGGUCCCCAAAGACGGAAGAUGAUGUUUAUGGGAUUUAUCCGUCUGGGUGUCUGGUACAACUUCUUCCGAGCCCGGAACGGAGGCUUUUCUGGAAACCUGGAAGGCGAAGGCUUCAUCCUUGGGGGAGUUUUUGUGGUGGGAUCAGGAAAGCAGGGCAUUCUUCUCGAGCAUCGAGAAAAAGAAUUUGGAGACAAAGUGAACCCAGUUUCAGUUCUGGAAGCUGCUAGGAAGAUCCAACCCCAGACUUUGGCCAUGGAGACAAAGUGAUUGUGUGAAACUGCUCAGGGAUAACUAGGGGCACUCACCUGUGUCCUGGGACAUGUCAUAUCUCCACUCAUGUCCCCAGAGAGUUAGAAACCCACUCAUGCCAUAUUGUCAGUAGAGAUCAUUGAUGUAUUUUAAUACUGUGCUCUCUUUAGGCCCAAUAAAGCAAAAUAGCCCCCACACAAGACUGAUAAGAAUCUAAGAAACCAGUGAAGGUAAUUUCAGCUAAAACCUGGAAAAUAUGAGGCUUAGCCUUGACUGCUGUACCUCCUUACAACGUACGUGGCAUGAGUGCCCUUAUCAGAAAUGGCUUUUAUUUUCAUGUUUUCAAAAAUCUAAGAAAAGUUGAUGAUUGACUUGAAGAUUCAGGAUAUGAAGGCUUGGGGCUUGUGUGUUCUCCAUUAAUGACCUGUUACACAAUGUUAAAGUAAUACUCACGCAAAGGAAUUGGCAGGCACUGGGUGGCUUACUAAAAGUAAAUUAUGAAGUGAAAUCUGUUUUUUCAUCGUCUUCCAUUCUAAUCUCAGAGGUUUGUUUUUCUAGAAGAAGUGAUCAUCUCUGGCUCUAAUAAAAUUAUGUAUCAGAAAUUGCCUAUAAUACAAGUUUUUCUGAUAAAACUAACAAUAAAAAUAUUUACCAGAA